AUGGCUAUUGAAGAAUUUUCAUUAUUGAUAAAUAAGUUCUUCCAGGUAUGCGAUAGAGCCACCGAUCCACUAGAGCUUCCUCACGAUCUGUUAGAUCUUGUAAUCGCCGCCCAGCUCAGCGAUUUUAAUUGCAAUGAUAGAUAUAAGGUAUUGAAAUGCGUGUCGUAUUAUAGUUUGCAUCCAGAUUUACCAACCAAGCGUAAAAUUAUUAAUUACUUUGAGAAGUAUUCCUCUGAUUCUGAUGGGCUGAUGAACUAUCUUAUUGACGAGCUGAAGCCAAUGCUAUUGAGAUCAAAUUCAUCCAGAAGAAAAAUGGCUAAUGUACAUACCGGACUAAAUCCAACUUUGGGGUUCUCCUUCGAGGAGGAUACUUUUAUAACAGGAUGGAAGGCUAAUGGAGGAUUGAAGGGUAUACCGUUGUUUUAUAUGGUGUUGAGACAUUUAAAUAAAAGUCAAAUAUCAGUUAAUUUAAACUGGAUCAUCCCAGGUAUCAUGAACAUGUUAGACAACACAUCAGAAUUAAAAAUGAUUAAAAUGAAAGGCGUUUUACUUUUAAAGACAUUUCUAUUAUAUUGCUUUGAAAGCAAUGAAAGUACAACAGGAAAUUGGAUUUCUUUCAAGCAAACGGGUGUAUUCGAGAUGGUAGAUCCAAUUCUAAAGAACAUGUGCUAUUUCCUACCACCUAGUUACAAUGAACAUGAUUCAUUGGAUAUUCUUGAAGAAGUCUAUGAUACAUUAAUUGUGUUAUAUAAGCGUGGUUUGAAUAAUGGAAUGAUGAAACGUAAGCUUGGUACGGUGCUACUAUCAGAUAUAAUAUUGAGACAUACUUUGCCUAGGAUUGGAAUAAAAUACGAAGCUCUUUUGCAAUUUCAACUUGAUAGUGUGGAAAGAAUUAUAGACAUUUUAGACGAUAAUACAGUGAUACAUUUGCAGAGGAUUAUAUACACAUUUGGGGAGUAUAUAAUACGAGAUCCGUUUUUGACUACUAUUAAAAACAAUAACAUUUUACCUAAAAUCAUUGAUGUGUUCAAUAAAAUCGUGAACAUAUGUCCAGAAGAACGAAUACAAGCCCAUAAAUAUGACUUUGUGGCAGCUGUUUGUAUCAUCUUCCAAAAAUAUGACUCUGAGGGUGGUGUGAGUGUAGAGUUAUUAAACGACCUGGGUAAAUUUUUGGACAACUUGGUCGUAAAAGGUUGUAACCUGGACGAUAUUAUUACCCCACUGAUGAAGGAAAACCCACAGUUUAAGGAAUUACUAAUAAAUAAACUACAGGAGACUAAAGAUAUUAACGUUUGA